UGAUGGAAUAUUCUUAGGUGGAGAAUCGAAGAAGGGAAAUUACUGGACUGGCCUUGAUUUGAAACGGUGUCGUAUCACGCUUGUCCAUUUCUUCCCAUUUCGUAGUUCAGUAAAAACCCGACUUUGUUUGAUCAGAAGAUAAGAUAGGGUUUUUACUGGGUUGGUGUUUGCAGUGAGAGCAGAGGGAGGAGGAGGAGCAAAGAAGCUGCAGUGAAAAGGUUAUUUUUGCUGCUCUACCUCCCCUCUAUUCUAUACUGGUUGCAAUUUGAGUAAGAUGGUAAAUCUUACGCCAAUACUGAUAGAGGAACUUUGCCUCGGGGAAUUUCAAAAUUUUAAGAUUAUCUGAACUUUUGAAUGCCCCACCUAAAAUCAAAUCAUGUCUCCACUACUGACUCGUUUGUCUGUGCUCUCUCACUUUAUAUCCGGUGUUGUCUAGAUUCUGCAUUUCUGGAUCUGAUCUAGGGAAAAAAUUCAGCAGAGAAAGGCAGAGGUACGUACGUCUUGCAUGCAAUUCAAUUUUAUUGAUCUCACUUUCUUAUGUUGCUUUCCAUUGAGUCCUUCUGGUCUUUGGUAUUGCUCUGCCUAGUGAUCUGUAUUCUCUAGUCAAGAAAAAUCGGAAAAGAACGAGUAAAAACUAUUUAUUAUGGCUUGAGAUGACUUUGAGUUGAUUCUUUCUUCCAUUUUGCUGUGUUUGUGAAUUGUGAUUGCUUCAUCUGUUCCCUGUGCAUCUGUAUUUAUCCACAAAAAGAAAAAGAAAAAAAGAAAAAAAAGGUGAUUGUCUUCGUAGAUUACUUUCAUUCGCUUCCAUGUUCGUCUGUAAAUGAUUUCAUUAAAAAACACAGCAUCCUUUUCCUAGUGUUUUUUUUUUCCCUUACCAUCGACUCUUCGAGAUUGCAGUUGUUCUGUGUACACCUUUAUUGCUUUCGUUAGUUGUUCCUCUCUCUUUCCUCCUCAGCUUCUUGUUAUCAUUCCUCGAUUCAAUUCUUCGUGUGUCGUUCCUUCCUUCCUUCCCUCCCUUCUGAUCUUUCUAUUAUUCGUUUGUUUCACUUCUGGCCCUACACAAAAAAAAAAAAAAAAAAAAAGUUUCAAAGAAAUGGAAGCUAUCGUUUCAUCAGUUCUUGGAAAACUAGCAGAGUACACAGUUGAACCGGUUCUGCGACAGUUUGGUUAUCUGAUUCACUAUGAGAGUAACGUUGCUCGUCUCAAUAACCAAGUUGAGAGGCUGAAUGCCCAAAGACGCGACGUGGCAGAAAAAAUUGAAGCAGCGACCAGGAAUUCAGAGACUAUUCUUCACCAAGUUGAGAUCUGGUUGGACCAGGUGGAUCGAACCUUACGAGACAAGGAUACAUGUUUUGAAAACGAGCGAACAGCAAAGGCGGAAUGCUGCUCAAAUGGCUGGUUCCCCAAUUUGAAGAUACGGCAUUCCUUGAGUAGGAAAGCGAAGAAGAUGACUCCGGAUGUCGAUAGCCUCAUUGAUAACAAGUUUGAGGUUGUAGGCUUCGCUGCCAGACAUGAAGGGGCCAGCUCCUCCCAGGCAUCCAACAUUAUGAAUUUUGAAUCAAGAAAAUCAAUCAUUGAAGGUGUGAUGGAAGCUCUGAAAGGGAAUCAAGUCAAUCUGAUUGUCAUAUGCGGCAUGGGCGGAAUUGGCAAGACAACAAUGGUGAAAGAAGUUGUUAUCAGAGCAAAGAAGGAGGGUCUAGUUGAUGAGCAUGCAAAGGUAGUUGUUAAUGACAAACCUGAUAUAAGUAAGAUUCAAUCUGAUAUUGCAGAAUUGCUGGGCCUGAAACUUGAAGAACAGGUUUUAGAAUCAAGAGCAGAUAAGUUAUUUAAUAGAUUAUCUGCUAAGAGAGUUCUUGUAGUAUUAGAUAAUGUUUGGGAAACGCUGGAUUUGCGGGAAAUAGGGAUUCCCAGUGGUCUAAACAGUUGUAAAAUCUUGGUAACAUCACGAAACCAAGAUAUCUUCAAUGAUAUGGAAGAAGCUAGAAAGAAAUUCCCCAUUGACGUUUUGCCCGAAAGUGAUGCAUGGAGUCUGUUUAAGAAGAUGGCUGGAGAUGAUAUUGAAUCUGAUCCCGAGCUGCGUUCGAUAGCAGAACAGGUACUCGAGAAAUGUGAUGGAUUACCAGUUGCAAUUUCGACUUUGGGAAGCGCACUACGGGGGAAACCGAGAGCGAGCUGGAAUUAUGCACUCGGACUGUUACAAAAUCCUUUUGAGGGAGACAUUCAACCUUUUGAGGGAGAGAUUCAAGGAAUGAAGAAGAACGUGUAUCAUCCAAUUAGGUUGAGUUACGACUUUCUGGAAAGUGAGCGGGUCAAAUCCUUGUUUCUGCUGUGUUGUAUAUUUCGAGAAAGCACUGAUAUACCUGUUGAAGAUUUGGUGACGCAUGCGUUUGGGCUUCGGGUCUUUCAAAGAAUUGAUAAAGUUGAAAAAGCAAGGGAUGGUGUAGAAGCCUUGGUUUACACACUCAAAAGUUGCUAUUUAUUGUUGGACAGUGGCAAAGAAGAGUGUGUAAGAAUGCAUGACGUGGUGCGUGCCGUAGGCUUACGGAUAGCCUCUGAUGAGAGUGAAGGCACAUUUCUUGUAAGACACGGAGUGCCACUGGAGAAUUGGUCCCGGGGAUACAUUUGUACUUCACUAACAGCCAAUAAAAGUACUCAUGAGCUUUUGUUGUUGUCACGCACAAAUGAUGAAGAGAGGUCCAAUGUGGGCACACUAGGCACAUUGAAUGGAGUGGAAGAUCUUAAAGUCUUAGACAUCUCAGUUCCUUAUAAGGGUCUUUAUACAUGGAUAACGUUUGCUAUUAUGUCUAGAACAAGAUUGGAAUCACUUCCGAUACUUAUGAGAAACAUUCAAACACUGUGUCUAAGGGGUUUAGAACUCAGAUUGGAAACAAUUUCUAUGAUUGGGGACCUACGGACACUCACGAUACUCCGCCUAGGUGGAUCUUCCAUACAGUAUGUACCUGAGGAAUUUAAAAACUUGUGCAAUCUAAAGUUGCUAGAUUUGGCGGAUUGUUCGGAACUUCAAGAAAUCUCAUCAGGUGUCAUAUCAAGUUUAACCAAACUAGAAGAAUUGUACUUGUGGGGUAGCUUCGAGGACUGGAAUGAUGUGCGGAUUAUUCAACUUUCAUCGGAGCUACUGCAGUUGUCUUUGUUGACGAGUUUAGAAACCACUCUGUCUGUUGAUAUUCUGCAAAACAGCAGGCAUCUAUUUGCUAAGCUUAAAAGAUUUAGGCUCUGUAUACUAAAAAAUAAAAGACGUGUACCCAAGUUUCUCCGCAGUAUACCACUUUACAAAUUGCCUGCAAAUCCUCGUGACAACCUCUUGAGACUUGAAGAUCUUGGCGCAGACUGCUCUCUUCUGGAAGUCUCUGUGUUGCUAAAGACAACUCAUUUUCUACACCUAGGAAAUGAAACUUUGGCCCACCCUUUCAAUGUAGUAGAUGCAGAGUGCGGUGGAAACUUGAAGGGUCUUACGGUCACACACUGUGAUGCUCUGGAAUAUCUCGUUGACUUGACACGUGCUGAAACUACUCCUGUAGUUUUUCCUGUCUUGGCUUCACUGAAGAUCUAUGGUGCACAGAGGUUGCAGGAGAUUUUUCAUGGAUUACUGCCAGUGGGGUCGCUUAAAUCACUACGACGUUUAAUCAUACACCGGGCGGAUGCAUUAAGGCAUGUUUGGAAGACAGAAAGCCAGUUUGACCGCCUGGAAAGUCUAACAUUAACCGACUGCCAAUCGUUGCAAGUUAUUGUUGCUUGGCAAGAAUCGGGACAUCAUCAUGAGGAAGAAGCCAAGGAGAUCAACUUCCCUAAUUUGACACAGUUGGAACUUGCAGAACUACCAAGCCUCGUUGGGAUAUGUAGUAAAAAAGUCUGCAAGCUCAACUUCUCUAAAUUGUUAGAUUUACAACUCAGAACGCUUCCGCGAUUCAGUGGUCAGUGGUUGAAUGGUUUGGCUCCAACAAGUAACUCGAAUGAUGUCGAUGUACAACAUCUAUUCGACCCCAAGGUUGAUUUUCCACUCUUGAGACUUCUGUAUCUUGAACAUAUGCACAACUUUGAAGAGAUAUGGCACAACCAACUCUCUCCCUACUCAUUCUGCGAACUAAGAGAACUAAAGGUGGAAAGUUGUGACAAAAUAUCACAUUUGGUACCAACAUAUAUGCAAAACAGAUUGCAGAAAUUGGAGAAGAUACAUGUGUCCAAGUGUUCUUCGCUACAAGAGAUUUUUGAAUUGAGGAGGUCGAGGGUCAACGAAGAUGAAGGAUCAAGGGAAACACCGUCAAAUAUUUACCAACCUGAUCAAGGAAUACUACAAAUAAAUAAUCAGAUCAUGGACAUCAAAAUCUUUCAGCAUCUAACAAAUUUAUCCGUCUAUAGAUGUGAAAGCUUGAGAAAAGUGUGCUCUUCUUCCAUUGCAAGAAGUCUUGUGAACCUCGAAAAACUAGAAAUCAGUAAGUGCAACAGGUUGGAAGAAAUAGUAGCAGCAGAAGAGGGUGAAAAAGCAGAGGAUAACAACAUGUUCCCUCAUCUCAGACUUUUGACUCUUCAAUAUCUACCAAAUCUCGUAAGUUUUUCCAGAGAAAAAUGUGCUUUAGAUUGGCCAUCCAUGGAAGACAUAACUAUAAAGGACUGCCCCGAAAUGAAGAAAUUCUGUUCAGGAUCGCUUACCACAGCAAUGAAAAUGAAAAUAAAAAUAAGUGGUGAAGUUGAUGAGAAUAUUCACAGGGAGCUUGACAUGAGUAAUAGGAAAGCCUGAUCUGAAUUUUUAGAUCCCUAACAGAUUUUGAUAGAGUUGCAUUUCAGCGCGUGCAGGAGUGAAUCUGGAGCAGUUGUUUUUUUUUUUCCUCCGGCAGAAGAGCUGUUUAUUUCACAAUUUGGGGCCAUUGAGAGAUUGUUACAUGUGUUUGCAAGAAUUCCUGAAUAAGCGAACUUACGUCCACCUAGUAGACAAUAAGAUUGAUAGUUGUGUGAUAAAAGAAAAAAGAAAGAAAAAAAAGGUGUGUCAUUUGUUUAUUUUGUAAGAUGAGAUUUUUUUUUUUUUUGAAAAG